AUGAUUGAGCCGAUGCAGGCGUUUAAGAAAUGUAUUGUUAUUACACCAAAUAUAAAUCAACGAGUGUUUGGUUUUGGCAGUAAUUACAGAGGAUGUCUGGGUUUAAAACACGACGACCCUAUACUUACACCAGAAGUAAUACCACAAUUAUGUCAUCAAAACAUACAAUACUUUGUCAAUGGAUAUGAUUUUGUGUUAGCAGUGAAUGACAUGAAUAUAAUAUACGGUUUUGGUAACAAUUAUGGCGGACAAUUAGCCCGACGUGAUUAUAUUGGAAAAUAUAGCGUUGCUUUCCUAAAACCUAAAAUAAUAUCGCAUUUUAAUGAUAUAAAUAUUAUAAAACUCAGUUGUGGUAAUCAACACACUCUGGCCCUAAGCAGUGAUGGCCGGGUCUAUGCCUGGGGUUGGAAUAAUUGCGGACAAAUUGGUUGCGGAGAUCGUUAUGAAUAUAUUUAUAUACCAAUUGAAAUAAAAUUCAAAAAUAGCUUUAAAAUACAAUCCAUUUAUUGUAGUAAUUACUCUUCAUUUGCCAUCACAUCUGAUGGAUAUGUGUUCAGUUGGGGAAACAAUGAAUUCCUUCAAUUGGGACACAAUACAACCGCUCAUAAAAUAUUUAAACCCCAAUUGAUAUCAUCUAUAAAUGACGUGAAAACGAUAAGUUGUAGUUAUAAUGGAAUAUAUUUUCUCACUGAUUGCGAUUUGAGUGAUAAUUCAAGUGAAGGUAUUUAUAAAAAACAAUUCAUUGUGAUCUCGAUCAUAGGUUCGGGUGGUUUUGGGACAGUAUUUAAAGUAAAGCAUAGAUUGGAUGAUACGAUGUAUGCCAUUAAAAAAGUACAAUUUGAGGAUUUUAGUGCAGAAAAGAGACUACGAGUUCUAAAUGAAGUAAAAAGUUUGUCAAAACUGGACUCAGAUUUUGUGGUUAAAUACUAUAACUCAUGGAUUGAAUGCAAUUAUCUCUACAUUCAGAUGAAAUUAUGUGAACUGAAUCUUAAAACAAUUCUUGAAAACAAAGCCAUUGUCUUUGAGAGACAACCGAAAGACCACAUGAAUAAUGUGUUUGAAUAUUUCAUUUCAUGUGAAAUAUUCAAAGAACUGUUAGAAUGUGUUCAAUAUUUACAUGAAUACAAACCUCCAGUCAUUCAUCGGGAUCUCAAACCCGAUAAUAUAUUAAUUGAUCCCAACAUUAAUUCCAAUCAUAUCUUAAAACUGUGUGACUUUGGUUUAGCUAAAGAGACCAUCAGUGGUGAGACUGCGAGUAACUCAGUUGUGGGCACUUCUAGAUAUAUGGCACCCGAAGUAUAUAGUGGGAAAUAUAACCACAAAUCAGAUAUUUAUAGCUUAAAUAUAAUCGGCGGGCAGUUGUUUGACAUCGAUCUUCAGGCCUCGCAAUCAUUUAACGAAAAUGAAUCGUUAAAGUCAUGCAAACUAUGUAUAUAUGAAACACUUCUGUCAAUGAUGUCAACACCCUUUUGGCAACAAAGACCUGAGUGUCGGGAAGUGUUGGCUAAAUAUAACGAGUGGUCAAUCGAUAAGACAUUUAUCAAAGAUCACAAAGAAUUCAAUUCAAAAUGUACUGUUAGACUUACUAAUACACAAAUACAAUUUGAGUUCAUUCAAUGUAAUUGUAUAAUUGGCUUUACAAUCAAUACUUAUCUCAUUAUCGAUGUGGUGGCCAUUAGGCCGGUCCGCGUCGUCCUCCCGACGCCAACGAGCGUCUCUUCCCAACCCCAACCGGUGAUCGAGUGCCGGUAUCUGGGUUAUAUAGUGGGUCAUAUGGGCACCACACAUGUGCCGUAUGGGUGGAGUAUAUGGGAGUGUAUGGGCUGA